GUGGGGGGGGGGGAGGAGGUGUCGUCAGUCCAUUGCGCCUAACUGCAACAGGGGCACCUUGACGUCCUUUUCAGAGGGACUGCGCCGUAAUAUGCAAACCUACGGAGGAGUCUCAUUUCAUUAAACAGGGCUGACUCCCCAAUGAACAGGACUGCAGCCUCAACCGGCCCCUCGCCCUCUGCAAGUGAGCCCAGAGCGCCCCAAGCCCGUCUCUCCCUUCAGCGGCUUCAUAGUGUUCAGUGAGCAUGUGCAAAAGGCGGAGCCUCUUGUCAUGUGAUGGGUUGAAGUCAGCUGACUGCAGGGCGUGAUGACAGAAUAAAUCUCCCAAGAAGAGUAAUGCUGGAGGAGUUGCGGUGAGGAUGGCGGAGGGUCAUGGCGGACGAUCCUUGCUGCUCUUGUGGUUGAGCCCGCUGUUCCUGGGAUUGGCGGUGGGAUGCUCGGGGCCCCUGCGAUGGCCCGUCCCGUACAGGCGGUUUGAUUCACGUCCUCCGGUGGAUCCUUUUUGCCAGGCUCGUUAUGCUUUCUGCCCAACUGGUACUUCCAUUCCAGUAAUGAACGACAAAGAUGUCUUUGAGGUGUAUCGGUUGCAAGCGCCUGUCUGGGAGUUCAAAUAUGGAGACCUCUUGGGUCAACUGAGAAUCAUGCAUGAUGCUGUUGGCUUCAAGAACUCUUUAACAGGGAAGAAUUAUACGAUGGAGUGGUAUGAACUGUCCCAGUUGGGGAACUGUACAUUUCCGCACCUCCGCCCUGACAUGCUCGCACCUUUUUGGUGUAAUCAAGGCGCUGCCUGCUUUUACGAAGGGAUCAACGACGCCCACUGGAAAGAGAAUGGAACCUUGGUUCUGGUCACCACCAUUUCCGGAGCUAUGUUCAACCAGAUGGCAAAAUGGGUGGACUCCGAUAACAGAACUGGAAUUUACUACGAGACCUGGAUGGUCCAAGAGAGUCCAGAGGAGCGGGCAGCGUGGUUUGAGGCCUAUGAGUGCUCCAAAUUUGUCCUGAGGAUGUAUCAAAAACUGGCGGACUUGGGAGCAGUUUUCAAAAAGAUACAGACCAAUUACACCACUCUUACCCUCUUCAGUAAAGAGCCCAUUUGCCUUGGGAAUGAAACCUCCAUCUUUGGACCCCAAGGCAACAAAACACUGGCUAUGGCUAUCAGGGACUUCUAUUCUCCCUUCAAACCUUAUCAUUCAGUCACGGACGUCUUCAGAAACUUCUGGAAAAUAUUCAACGAAGUGAUUCUGCAGCGUCACUUCUACUUCUUCUACAACUUGGAAUACUGGUUUUUACCUGUAAAAUACCCUUUUGUCAAAAUAGCCUACGAAGAAAUCCCAUUACCCAGUACAAAAGCCAGUAGAUUGCAUCCACCUUCACAAAGGACAUCGGCAAAUGCAACUGUGUUGUGAAAUCCGUCAAGUACUGGUAAAUUUCUGUAUUUCUAUCAGGAGAAAGGCCUGUGAAGAAGAUUCAGCUUAAAAGCCAACCUGCCUUGUCUUGCACUGUGUAAGAACUGGGGAUUCUUUUAUAUACCAAUCUGACUCGUAUAUACAGCAUGGUAAGACAGCAGACCAUAUUAGCUGCUGGCUGGGUGCAUUCCACCAAAACUGUACUCAGUGGUGUACUCCAUAGGUGUACUCUUCCAAAAUGGUGCCUUGUGCCCGUUUAAUUAAGACCCCCAAGCAGUCCUGGAGGAGGAAGACUGUUCACAUGGGAAAGAUCUUCCAGUUUCAUUCUUGCUCUUAUAUUCUGAAGAAUUGCCAGGACGGCAUCUUAAGGUACUCAGUCAGAAUUGGCCUACAGAAAUACUUUAUGAUAAUAUAACAGGUGCAAACUGUUUACAGUGGACAACUGGGCAUAGGAAGAAACUUCCAGUUUUGCUUCUGGAUCAGGAGCUUUGGUGCAGUAAUUUCCGUGGCUGCAAGGAUUUCCUUGCCUUGUGUUCCUUUGACAGCCCCAGAUAGUCUUCAUGGGAGAUGGGAUAAUGAUGCUCUCCAUGUGGAAGUCCUUUUGCACCUACAAAAACAUAAGUCUGGGUCCAACCAAGGUGGACAAAAACAGGUCCUCAUAAUUGUUCUGUAAGUUAGAGCGAAGUUGGCCUUAUCUGUGAAGUUAAGAAGGGUCAGCCCUGAUUAGUUUUUGGAUUGCAGACCACCAAGCAAGUCCAGGGUUCUUACCCAGAGGCAGGCAAUGGCAGACCGUCUCUGAAUGUCUCCUGCCUUGAAAACUCCACCAGUUCGGAUUUAACAGUACUUUCCACUGCCAACUUACAGCCACACUGAUGACUUGGUGCACUUGCUUAGAAAAAAAGCUGAUUUAUAAAUGUGCCUGUAGGGCUUUACUUAUACAAUGUAACUUCCCACUCAACCAAGCUCACAAGCUCAUGUCUGCAUACUCUGCUACAGGAGAGAAAACUAUGAAUCAAGUCCUAGGAAACUUCUGGGUGGUUUUGCUGUUGAAUUAAAAGCAUUCAUUCUUCAGGUUCUCAUUCCACUGUGUGAAAGAAUGAAUGCUGUGAAACAUUCUCUGAGACCUGUCCUCAUUUCCUCCCAAAAUCUGGAAUUAGAAUAUUAAAGAAUUGAAAAACUGGAA